AGUAAUUUAGUUCCUUUUUUUUUUUUUUCUCAUUUUGUCUUUCCUUUUUUUCCCCAUGGUGAAGUUGAUCAUCUUCUGAUUUUAGGGCUCUAGUCCUCUGUAAUACUUAGCCUCCAAAUUGCCUUCUUUCCAAAAUUUGAGCAUACCUUUGAAUUCCUAAUUUGCAUUCAAGAUACACACUAAAAAAAGGAAUGAGCUUCAAGCUUCCAGAUUGAAUGAUUUGGUUUUUAUUCAAUUUAAUGCAAAGUUAUCCAACAAGAAAAAGAGAGUGAGAAUGGAGGUAUCUUACUUACUAGCGAUGCCACUAAUGCACAAGGAUGAAGCAUUAGGGGCAGAUUUAGUUUUAAAGCAUAGAAGAAGCACUAGGUCUCAUUUUACUCAUACUACUCCUCUGAUGAGAGAGCUUAAUGAAGAGUUAGAUGAGUCUUUUGAUAAGGAGGAACUAGGGGUAGACGAAGACGUUGGAUUUGCUAAUAGUGAUGCAAAUAGGGUGCUCCAAUUUCAAGAAGAUGAUGCAGAACCUUGGUUUGAUGAUGAAUAGUUGCAGUUGGGUUUUAGUUUUAUUUUUGUGUAUGUUUUUUAUUUUAGUUCAGCAUAGUAGACAAUACGAUUGUGUAGCAACUAUAUUUUAGUUUUUUGGCAUUUGGAUUUUAGUUCUUGUUUUGUCUAUGGAUUUGGAUUUUAAUUUAGUCCAAUAGUGUAAGUAUGCAAUUAUGUUUCAAGUUUCAACCAUGUUUUUCUUUUUUGCAUUUGGACUUUAGCUUUUCUACUGUUCAUGACUUCAUGGAUUUAAAUUUUGGAUUUUAGCUCAGUCGUGCAACUUUGUUUUAGUUUUGUUUUUUUUACUCUCAUCUUGUUACUAUUGCUAUUGGAUUUUGGUAUUGUUUAAGGCUAGAGCCUCUAGACAAUCAAGCCUUUCUUCCUAA